CCUUUUUUCGGCUAAAAUAUAUGUACAGACAUUCAUCAAAUGUCAAAUACUGUCAGUUUUAUAAAUUAUUUUAUUUUAGUUUUAUAAUGUCUGGAGCGGAGUCCCUUUUUACUUGGGUGUAUGGACCGGGUGUCACGCGAGGGGGCAGUGUGGUGGGGCAUCACCAGCCCGAGGCCCUGCGACCAGUGCUUUUUCUGUUCUAUACCCUGGAAACCAUCUUCAACAUGUUCUGCAUGGGAUAUCACAUCUCGGGCUUUCAGGCCAUCGAAUUCCAUUUGAUCGAAUGGGAUACAGUUGCUAUUCACUACUUCUACCUCGUGACCUUCUACUUCUUUAUGGUGGUGACCCUGUUGCAGAGCGUCAAUAUAUGCACAGGUAACACACCCGCCGUGGUCACGGAGAUCUGGAAGUCCUCGGGGGCCGCCAUCGUCUUCAUCCUGAUAUCCUUGAGCACGAUGUGGGACGCGGAGCGGCAGUUUUACGUGUUUUUCUUCGCGAGCGAUAUUGGCGAUAAGCAUUCACAUGAAUUUGUGGAAGACCGCCCGAUGCACCCGAUCUUCUACUACCUUCGUGGAAUGUCCGUCUCCUCGCUGACCUGUGGAAUACUCUACCUGCUCCACGCCACUAUCAUGAUCGACGUCAAGCUGACCAAUGACCGGAACCAAGGAGAGAGCAAGGGUACCUACAUGCCCAUACCACUUUUCGUCCUGGGGCGAUUCAUUCACAGGAAACUUAGCGCCUACGAUUGGUUUCGGGAGUUCUGCGAGAACGAGAUCAUUUACUUGUAGCCGGACUCCCGAAACUUUUAUUCAAUGAUUCAAAUUUAUUCAAAUUGCAGUUUCACAUUUUGUAAUAUGGCACUUUCCA